AAUGAAAAUUGCAAUCCAAACUCCCAAAGGUUUUCUUGUUCCCCGCUCUCUAUGGCGGCUAUAUAGCCUUCUCUGGUUUCUCCUCCGCCAUUUCCCAGCACCUUAUAACUCGCCCAUGGUUCCUUAACACCCAAAACUUCCCUAUUUCUCUCUCUCUUUCCACCCUUAUGAGAAGAAGAAAAGCUUCAAUCUCCAAGAGUUGAACAAAACCUUCAACUCAAAACAAUGAUAAUGAAAUUUGUUUUCGUUUUCGUGCUUAUAAUCUCCGUUUUUUCUCCGGCAGAAUCCGCCUGCGGCAAAUCCUCCGACCGUGUUCUUGUUGCCAGGGCCUUCAGCUCCGUCGUGGGGUUUAAUCUCUCUGAGUUUAUAGCUUCGGAGCCAAACUGUUCGGUUUCUGAGAUUAGGAUUUCUUCCAGAAAUCUCACCGGCGCUAUCUCGUGGAAGUUUUUGAGGAAUUUGACUCGUCUUCGCACCUUAGAUCUCUCCAAUAAUUCCUUGAAGGGCUAUGUUCCGGCGUGGGUUUGGUUUAAUUCCUCCCUAGUUGAAAUUAAUCUCUCCCGGAAUUAUCUCGGCGGCGCCAUUGGAGUCCCGGAAAGUUCUAAACCAGUGUUUGCAGCUCACCGGCGAUCGGCUGUUCGGAAGAUUAAUGUUUCUUUCAACAGGUUUAAGAAUCUGGGGAUUCUCUAUAAUCUCCAGAAUCUCACCAGCCUUGAUCUUUCCCACAAUGAUCUCAAGAUUCUCCCGUUUUGGUUUUCCAACAUGACCAAGCUCGAGUCUUUGAGCAUUUCUGGCUGCAAUAUUUCCGGGAAUUUAAAACCCAUUUCCAAAAUCAAGUCUUUAAGGUCUUUGGACGUUUCUGAUAAUCACUUGAACGGCAAUUUCCCCGCCGAUUUUCCCCCUCUUUCCGGCCUAAAGUUCUUGAAUAUCUCGUUCAAUAACUUCACCGGGCAUUUAGAUAGGGAAAAUCUGCAGAAAUUUAGCCACUCUGCGUUUAUUCACGCUGGCCAUUUCAACUCCCACAAAUCAAUUCCUUCCCCAAUCAAGAAAUCGGCGCCCAAAUCCAAGCCCAAAUCCAAGAUUUUGAUCAUAGCCGCAGUAAUAGCAUCAUCAGUGUUUCUGGUCAUCAUAAUUGCGGCUUCGAUUUGCGUGUACAUGAAGAGAAAACAGAGGAGAAAGAAGAACAAAUGGCUGAUUUCGAAGCCGAUUCAGCUACCCUUUAAGCUGGAAAAAUCUGGGCCGUUCGCGUUCGAGACGGAGUCCGGGGCGUCAUGGGUGGCCGACAUUAAAGAACCAACCUCGGCGCCGGUCGUGAUGUUCGAGAAGCCGUUGCUGAACCUGAGCUUCAAAGACCUCAUAGCCGCCACGUCACACUUCGGGAAGGAAUCCCUCCUGGCGGAAGGGAGGUGUGGGCCCGUUUACAGAGCCGUACUGCCAGGUGAGCUCCACGUGGCAAUCAAGGUCCUCGAGCAUGCCAGACACCUCUCCCAUGAAGGCGCCACAGCCAUGUUUGAAGACUUGUCGAGAUUCAAACACCCUAACCUCUUGCCCAUUUCUGGCUUCUGCAUUGCAGGUAAAGAGAAGCUGGUGUUGUACGAAUUCAUGGCCAACGGCGACUUGCACCGGUGGCUGCAUGAGCUGCCGGCCGGUCCCCGGAACGUGGAGGAUUGGAGCACCGACACGUGGGAGCUGCAGAACGGCGGUGGGUCAAUUAUCACGUCUCCGGAGAAAAUAGAGUGGCACACGCGCCACCGCAUCGCGGUGGGGAUAGCCCGCGGCCUCGCUUACCUCCACCACGGCCAGUCCAAGCCGGCGGUGCACGGCCACUUGGUGCCCUCCAACAUUCUCUUGGCCGAGGAUUUCGAGCCGCGUAUAGCGGAUUUCGGACUGAGUCCCGACCGAGUUGACUCGUCGUCCGCCGAGUCAGACGUGUAUAACUUCGGCGUUGUGUUGGUGGAGUUGUUGACGGGUCAACCCGGGACGGCGGAGAUUGUGAAGUGGGUCCGGCGGCUCGUCAAGGAGGGCCGCGGCGGCGACGCCAUCGACUCGAGGCUGCAACUCGCGGACGACUCAGUGAGUGAGAUGGUUGAGUGCCUCCGAGUUGGGUAUUUGUGUACGGCGGAGGCCGCCGCCAAAAGGCCCACGAUGCAACAAGUGUUGGGCUUGCUUAAAGACAUACAUCCGACAGCGACGGAGGUAUAAUAAACCCACUACGAUCCCCACGCGCAGCUGGUGGCGCGUGACCGUCACGGAGAUUCGAUUACAUCACUGUACUGUAAUUGGGACAAAGGCAAACCAACGUCAACAAAAGCCAUAUGCUUAAUACUUCCACCCCCACGCUCACGUGCGCCUCACGUGAUCUCACAAAGUCGACGCCAAACACGCCGUAACAAAAUUGCAAUAGUGAGAAGAAUUGAGAAGACUGAUUUUUCUCUCACUAGUACUUAGCUGCCCUUUACCCUUUUAUUCUUUUUAAUAUUUUUUUUAAAGGUUUUUUUGGGUGUAAAUUAAAUCCUAUAUUUGAAAGGAAAAAAAAAAAAAAAAAAAGAUGAGGGAGUGAAGUAGUAGGUAGACAGAAUUAUGUGGGUAAGGUAAGGGUUUGGCAGAGGACUGAGAAUUCCACUUAUUGGUUGUCUCUUAUGAGGAGCAUAGCAUUAUCAACCAACCCCCUUUAAUUUUCUUUUCUUUUCACUUUUCCCCUCUUUAAUUUAUUUCUUUCUUUGGUUGGUUGUUCUUUAGGCUUUAUCUCUUUCAUUUGCUGCUUUAUUCCCUUCAACUUAUAUGUAUUGUGCCAAAGAGGACAAAAGGAAGGGUAAUCAAUCUGUUGCAGUGGUUUAGAACAAUCUUUGGGGAAGUGAUUUGGGAUCAUAUGUAUGGGGACCAUCUUUUGUAUACUAUAUUCUUGUGCUUUUUGUAGUUCUUGAAUUGGUUGCCACCAAACCCAUAUGGGAUGCCUUUGAUAAUAUUCCAUAAUUUCAUUCAA